AUGGCGACCACGUCCAACCUGUUCAUGUACUCCUUGACCAUCCAGCCGCCCACCGCUGUGCACCAGGCUAUUCUCGGUCAAUUCGCUGGCACCAAGGAGCAGCAGAUCAUCUCCGCCUGUGGCUCGCGCUUGAUCCUGCAACGCGCUGACGCGCAGGCCCAGAGGAUUACCACCAUCCUCACUCACGAUGUCUUCGGCAUCAUCCGCGCCCUGGCUGCCUUCAGGCUGGCCGGUUCGUCCAAAGACUACAUAAUCGUCGCCUCCGACUCUGGCCGCAUCGCCGUCCUCGAGUACAACCCGCAGAAGAACAUCUUCGUUCAACUGAAGCUCGAGACCUUUGGAAAGUCGGGCGUCCGCCGCGUGGUCCCAGGCCAGUACCUCGCCACCGAUCCCAAGGGCCGCGCGUGUAUGAUCGCAUCCGUCGAGAAGAACAAGCUCGUCUACGUCCUCAACCGCGACUCCAACGCCAGUCUGACCAUCUCGUCGCCGCUUGAGGCCCACAGACCGCAGACUUUCGUCUUUUCGCUGAUCGGUCUGGAUGUGGGGUACGAGAACCCCAUCUUCGCCGCGCUGGAGAUUGACUACGACGAUGUGGACCAAGACCCUACCGGCGAGGUCGCCGCAAGCAAGCAGAAGGAGUUGGUCUACUAUGAGCUGGACCUUGGCCUGAAUCACGUCGUGCGCAAGUGGUCCGACACCGUGGACAGAACAGCGAACAUGCUUUUCCAGGUCCCGGGAGGCACAGAUGGUCCCAGCGGUGUCCUUGUCUGCGGUGAGGAGACCAUCACCUACCGUCACAUCAACCAGGACGCCUUCCGCGUUCCCAUCCCACGCCGCAAGGGAGCAACGGAGAAUCCGCAGAGGAAGCGCUUCAUCACCGCGGGCGUUAUGCACAAGAUGCGCGGUGCUUUCUUCUUCCUGCUUCAGACCGAAGACGGUGAUCUGUUCAAGCUUACCAUCGACAUGAUCGAAGAUGAACAGGGCCAGCCUACGGGCGAUGUGAGCAGGAUCCGCAUCAAGUACUUUGAUACUGUCCCCAGAGCCACUAGUCUCUGCAUCUUGAAGAGCGGUUACCUGUACAUCACAGUAGAGUCUGGCAAUCAUCUGUUCUUCCAAUUCGAGAAGCUGGGUGACGACGACGACGAGAUUGAAUUUCUCAGCGACAACUUCAGCCCGGAGCCGGACGCACCCUAUGAGCCCGUUUUCUUCCAUCCGCGACCUGCUGAGAACAUCCUGCUGGCUCACAGUGUUCCAAGCAUGAAUCCGACUCUCGCAUGCAAGGUCGCAAAUCUCACAGACGAUGACGCGCCCCAGAUCUACACGGUUUCUGGGACUGGAGCGCGUAGCUCUUUCAAGACUCUCAAGCACGGGUUGGAGGUUUCUGAGAUCGUUGAGUCGGAGCUUCCCAGCGUGCCUGAGGCUGUUUGGACGACUAAAAUCCGGAGGGACGACGAGUAUGAUUCCUACAUCAUCCUCUCCUUCUCCAAUGGUACCCUUGUCCUCAGCAUCGGUGAGACUGUGGAAGAAGUCACGGAUACUGGGUUUUUGUCAUCAACCCGUACCCUUGCCAUUCAGCAGCUUGGCGAGGAUGCUCUAAUUCAAGUCCAUCCGAGGGGUAUUCGUCAUAUUCAGGCAGAGGGCCGUAUCAAUGAAUGGCCUGCACCACAGCACAGGACCAUUGUUGCUGCCACAACAAACGAGCGUCAGGUGGCUGUUGCGCUCAGCUCCGGUGAAAUCGUCUACUUUGAGAUGGACACGGACGGAUCUCUGGCCGAAUACGAUGAGAAGAAGGAAAUGAGCGGCACCGUUACGUGCCUUAGUUUAGCUGAGGUGCCCCCCGGUAAGGUUCGCAGCUCAUUCCUUGCCGUAGGAUGUGAUGAUUCCACCGUCCGUAUCCUCAGUUUGGAUCCGGAGUCUACACUUGAGAACAAGUCGGUCCAGGCGCUGACUUCCGCACCUUCGGCGUUGAGCAUCAUGGCAAUGGCUGAUUCAUCUUCGGGUGGCUCUACCCUUUACUUGCACAUUGGACUGUACUCCGGGGUCUACCUGCGCACUGUCAUUGAUGAAAUCACUGGCGAGCUGACUGACACUCGCACUCGUUUCUUGGGUGCCAAGCCGGUCAAACUGUUCAGAGUGACGGUCCAAGAUCAGAGCGCCAUCCUAGCAACCAGCUCUCGUUCCUGGCUCGGAUACUCUGAUCAGCAAACCAAGGCUUUCACUCUUACCCCUCUGGCGUAUGCUCCACUGGAGUGGAGCUGGAGCUUCAAUAGCGACCAGUGCCCUCAGGGUAUGGUUGGUAUCCAGGGACAACACCUUCGGAUCUUCACCAUCGAGAAUCUCUCUACCAACCUUCUCUUUGAGAACGUUCCUUUGAUGUACACGCCGCGAAACCUUGUCCGCCACCCUACGGAACCGCUUUUCUACGUAAUUGAAUCUGACAACAAUACCUUGGCAACGAGCACUCGCAACCAGCUUCUCAAUGAUCCGGCGACAGUCAACGGUGACGCGAAGGAGCUUUCUGCGGAGGAAUUCGGUUAUCCCCAAGGCACUGGCCACUGGGCUUCGGCAAUCCAGGUGGUAGACCCUAUCGAGCGAAAAGAGGUGAUCUACACGCUUGAGCUGGAGGAGAACGAGUCUGCAGUCAGUGUCUGCCUUGCUCCAUUCCAAUCUCAGAGCGAUGAGACGUUCCUUGUGGUUGGCACUGCCAAGGAUUUGGUCGUGGCACCCAGGUCGUACACUUGCGGUUAUGUCCAUAUUUACCGUCUACUGGAGAACGGUCGGGAGCUCGAAUUCAUUCACAAAACUAAGAUGGAAGCGCCUCCUAUGGCUCUUCUGGCGUUCCAGGGAAAGCUAUUGGUGGCGGUUCACGCCGACCUUCGGCUGUACGAUCUCGGUCUUCGCCAGCUGCUGCGAAAGGCCCAGUCUCUCAACGUCGUCCCGAACAUCUUGACUGGACUUCAGACGCAAGGCAGCCGCAUCAUCUGCUCGGACGUACAGGAGUCGGUCACGUACGUUGUGUACAAGCACGUCGAGAAUCGGCUGAUUCCCUUCUGCGACGACAACAUUCAUCGAUGGACGACGUGCACAACCAUGGUCGACUACGAAACAACGGCGGGUGGUGACAAGUUUGGCAACAUCUGGCUUAUCCGCUGCCCGCUCAAGACGUCUGAAGAAGCGGACGAAGAGGGUUCUGGGCUGCAUCUUAUCAAUGAGCGGCCAUACCUUCAGGGUACGCCAAACCGUCUUGACCUUCUUGCGCACUUCUACACGCAGGACAUCCCCACGUCGAUUCAGAAGACGUCUCUGGUUGCGGGCGGUCGCGAGCUUCUCCUAUGGAGCGGCCUUCAGGGCACGAUUGGGAUCUUCAUUCCGUUCGUCAGCCGUGAAGAUGUGGACUUUUUCCAGAGCCUGGAGCAGCAACUGCGCACCGAAGACCCGCCGAUCGCUGGCAGGGACCACCUGGCUUUCCGCAGCUACUACGUUCCGGUCAAGGGUGUAAUCGACGGUGACCUGUGCGAGAGGUUUUUGCGGCUACCGAGAGACAAGAAGGAGCAGAUUGCGGGUGAGCUGGACCGCAGCGUGCGCGAAGUUGAGAGGAAGAUUGGCGAUCAGAGGACGCGCUUCGCAUACUAG